CGAAGCUUCCGGAACCAGCCUCCAUCUCCUCCGGGUCAGCGUCCACCGGAUCCAGGCUCUGGGCCAACACAGCGAGGCCGGCUCGGUGGGAACCAGCUCCGCGGGGUCUGUCUGCGCAGGCGCCCUGGCCAUCCCCGACAGCCUUGCGCGCCGAGGGGCCGGGCUUCGCGAGGCCUGCCGGGGGUCUCAGCGGUCCGCCGACACUGGGCGCAGCGUAGCGGUGGGCUCUGAGGAGGCCGGUGCGGCGGCCAUGAGGGCCCCGGACGACGAAGCGGCCUCUCCGGCCCCGGACGACGGCGCGGAGGAAGUGGCGGUCACGCAGGCCCCUGACGAGGACGGCGCGGACGGCGCGGCGGUCACGCGGGCUCCCGAGGGUGGCGCGGAGGACGCGGGGGCAGCCCCACAGGCCUCCGACGGAGGCACGGACGGCCACGACCCCCAGCUUAGCCCCCGAGGUCCCGGUUGCCAGGGCAACUGCAGCCGCCACGAUGGCGAGGGUGGCCCUGGCAGCAAGGGAGCAGUGGUCGAGGGGGCCUGCGCCCCUCCCCUGGCCGAACGGGCCCCGAGGGCCCUGGCCCCUGGUGGAGACGCAACGCCGGCGGCAGUGACCUCCUCAAGACUGCUGGAGUUCAGGCUCACUGUGUCUUUCCGGUCGCCCCUGGAGGCAGAGAUGGCCCGCAGGUCCCUGACUACACACGUCCAACGCCACCGAGGGUUGGCUCAGAAGGAGCUCUGCGUGAGGGGCAGCGCCCUGGCCGUGUGCGUCCUCCAAGAGAGAUGGACUACUGAAAACCCCAUCUUCUUCCGAGUUUCCGUCAACUCCUUCCUGGACCGGCUUCCCCUGGUGAUACGAAACAUUCGCGCCUUGGGGUCCCGGCCUCCGCGACGCCUAGGCCCGGGAAAGGGGGCCGAGGCCUAACCUGGCAGCCCUCACUGGGCAAGGCACAGGGCGUUGACACUUGGCGUCCUCGCCACUUUAUUAUCGGGGGUCUAACGUCCUGCAGGUCUGGGCCUCGGUGGCUCUUGGCCCACUUCAGUUCCUUCCCUGCGCCUGGAGGGACGGGCGCUUACGUGUUUGUUACUGCACAACAUGAAACUGAGCGACUC